AUGGAACCACAAACUUUUUUAUAUACAAUUUCAGAGGAACAAAGAAAAUCAUUCAAUGAGAGUGGAUUCCUUGUAUUGAAAGACUUGUUGACCGAGGAAGAGAAGGUCAAUAUGGUUGCAUGGGUAAAGGAAAUCAGUGAAUUACCACCAACCAAAGGAAAGUGGAUGCAAUACUAUGAAGAUAACCUCGUCACCAAAGAGAAGCAACUAUGUCGUACAGAGAACUUCACACCAUUCCACGAUGGUAUUCGUUCGAUCAUCAAGGGUGAGAAGCUUAUGGGAACAUUGGCUCAGUUAAUCGGACAACCAGUAUUGUUGUUCAAGGAGAAGAUCAACUACAAACAAGCAGGUGGUGGUGGAUUCCCAGCUCACCAAGACGCCCCAGCCUAUGUCCAACUCGGUCAAGCACACCAUAUCACCGCCAUGUUGGCAGCCAACGACUCUACAGUUGCCAAUGGAUGUCUCUUUGUCGUUCCAGGUUCACACAAUCCAGCCGUUAUCCUCCCACAAAAAGAAUCGGAUGGUUCCAUCACCGACGAGUGGUGUGACCAACACCAAUGGACUCCAGUCGAAUGCCAAGUCGGAGAUGUCUUAAUUUUCGGCUCCUACAUUGCUCACAGAUCAGGCUCCAAUAAUACCAACUCCUCCAGAAACGCCGUAUACCUUACCUACAACGCUGAAUGUGACGGUGACAAGCGUGAUCUCUACUACGAUGAGAAGCGUCGUCUUUUCCCACCCGCUUCUGACAGAGAAGAAGGAAAGGACUACUCGAUAGGAGCUAAGACCUACAAUCUGGCGACUCCAAUAUCUAAUGUACAAUAA